AUGAGGGUAUUGGCAGUACUAUGGACGGCAUGCUUGGUAAGGUUCUGUAGCGCGAGCUGGUUUAGCGGGAAAAGUAAAACAGAUGACAAGGAUGCAGAGAUUAUUGCAGUGGAACAGCCCCUUAAGUUUCAUCCACCAUCAGAUCCAAAAACAGUGGACCUUGCCUCUCUUACGGAUCCCCGCUACAAGACGGUUGAUGUCAACAUUGUUGGAGUCCCUGCAAGGGUUUACAUGAUUAAUGGAAAGGAAGAUAUCAAGAAGGUCAAAUAUAAUGGGAAAGACGUAUGGAAGGCAUCUAGGUUCAGUGAAGGUGAAGAUGGAUAUAAUACAACGCCUGAAGAAAUAUGCACGUAUUGUAUAACAUUUAUCAAGGGUACUGGCACUGCUAUGAUACUAGUUGAAAUACACGAUCUUAGUAUAUACAGGGAAAUAUUCAGGUACAAACAAAAAACUGGGAGCAAUGGCAAUGAGUCAGGUUGGGAAAGAUCGCCAACAGAAUAUGGAAAGGAAAUUGCUACCUUAAAGAUAAACACAGAUCCUCCAACAAAGUUCACUCUGGACAUCUCGUCUCUCGAGGAAGAUGACGAAAGGUUCAAGCUUGUAAGGGAAGAGAAGAAUGCUACUACUCUCUAUUACUCUUCACAACCUGGUAAUCUUAUAGAAAAGAUUGUGGAUGGUGGUAGGAAUAUAUUUACUGUACCAGAUAAUCACAUUUGUUACCUCUGCGAGCUCCAUUCCAAGGGUGAAUCAAAGCUUCUAAGAAUACAUGCUGAGCACAGCUAUAAAAUUUCCCUAUUUUAUUACGAGAAUACGGGCUCUGGAUGGAAGAUUAUACACAAAGAUGACUUUUUAAAGAAGCUUGAUGAAAUGAAUAAAUCUGGAAAGAAUUUGUCCGAUGCUUCUAAACAAGUGGUAGCUCCUAAACCUGCACCUACUCCUGUACAUGAUCUAAAAUCCAAAGUGGACUCUACUCUCUUUGAUGUAGAAGAAGGACAAGAGAGUGGGUUUAAGGUUCUAAAGCUUACACCAAAGGAAGGAGUUACUUCUAACAAGCUUCUUUUUGAUGGUAAACCAGUUUGGCAAGGUAGAUAUGCUGGUGAUUCAUGUUCCUUGGCUUUCUUCUACAUGGGAGAGAAGGGACUUAUAGGUGCUUCGUAUAGAUUCAAGAGAGACGGAAGACUGAUGGAAGGCUACCGCCAAUUCUCAGAUGGCAACUGGCUCCAAGUCCGUGGUGAUGUAUUCAGGAAAUUGAUAGGGAAGGAUGAUCAUGUUGCGAAACGUGGAGAAUCAUCUACUAAAUCAGCUGAACAUGGUGCUACUCUUGAUAUUUCCAGUCCAGAUGAAACCAAGGUAGACUUGAAAAAAGGUGAUGAAUCUGGAUUAGACUACAACAUAUACUCUCCAAAGGAUGGUUCCAAAAUAACCUCUGUUGUAGAGAAUGGAGCUCUGGUUUGGACAGCCUCCGGAGCUGGCCAGAAGUGCCUAUUUGUAGAAUUGCAUGGCAAGGAAGAAUUAAUAUUGGCCUAUUCCAAGGUAGAAAGUGACUCUGGACUAGACUUAAAGUACUUUAAAAAGGUGGGAGGAAGAUGGAAUGAGGUUGAUAAAAACACAUUUAAUGAGGUCAAGACAAUGGAUUCUAAACAGGGGCCUCCUAAAUCCCAUUCAGGUGCUACAGAUGAGGUUCAUGAAGAGACUGUUGAGACUCCUACACAGAAAGAGAAGAAUUCGGAGAAAUCUGUGGUACCUCCGGGUGAAUCCUCUCUAAAAUAUCCACAUCUUGAAGAAAAUGAACUCAGACAACCACCUCUAGCACUUCCACCUGGUGGUUCACAUGCCAAUAUACACGGUCCUAAUGCUCAAAGGACUCCACCUCCUAGAUCUAGAGGACUCAGGGAGACAGCAACAAGGGAUACUCUCCCAGGGGUAAAACCUACUGGUACACAGACUGCAGUUGGAAAGAGUACUAAUACGACUGCUGUAAACUCCAAGCCUAGUACUCGUCCAGUCAUUGAGGAUAUCGGUGAGGAUCUGGAAGAAGAUUUAAAGCAUGUCAAGGCGUAUCAUGAGAAUAUGCAAGAAACUACCAAGACUGCCCCUGAGGUAACUAGUACUACAGUGCCUACAGAGAAACCUUUGGAGUAUAAGAUGGACAUGGCUUUGGUCACUGUAGGAAAGUCUACCGAGGGAACUCUUUCAGUGGUUACCUAUACAGCCAAGCCAGAUGCCAAUAUACCCCUACUUUUACAUGAUAAUAAGCUUGUUUGGAAGGGUAUAGACAGUAUGAGUAACAAGGACACCCUUGUAAAGGCGACGGUAUACCUUGGAUCUGGUGGACCACUAGCCGCAAACUUGACAUACAAGAGAGUCACAGAAAGCACUACAAAGGAAUACUGUAAGCUUGUAAAGGAUAGAUGGACAUUUGUUGAUAAAGGUGCCCUUGAAAGGACAUUUGAUGAGGUUGGUGAACUGCCUGGUAAUGCUAAUGCAUCUGCCUAUAGAACAAAGGUAGACUCUACUCUCUUUGAUGUGGAGGUGGGAAAGCACAAUGGGAUACCUGUAUUAAACUGCACUGCCAAAAAGGGUGUAAAGGUACCCAAACUUGUUUACGACAGCAAUGUAGUAUGGCAAGCUGAUGGAAAUCAAUCUUGUUCAUCAGCCACCUUUUACUUUGGAAAGUCUGGUAUCAUUGGCAUAUCCUUUACCUAUGGCAGUAUAGAAGAGACUCUCCAUGACUGUUUCCGUGUCUUUAGCAACGACGAAUGGGAGGGUGUAAACGGUGACUACUAUGAAAGGGUACUUUACGAAGCCAAGAAUCCAGAGACCUCUGUAGCCACUGCAUCUGAGAAUACCAAAGCCAAGAGUUUCAUUGACACUGCCAAGUUUACCGUAGUUAGUGACAUGGAUGAUACAGUCCCAAUCCUAAGAUGUACAGCUGGGAAUGGUGCCUCUAAACUUACCUAUGGUUCUGAUACAAUAUGGCCAGGGAAGAAGGAUGUUACGUGUCUCUCAGCUGUCUUGUAUCUUGAUGGAGACAAGCCUACACUCGCAGUACUUGUUACCAGAGAUAAUAAUAAUAAUAAGCAGAACAAGGUUUAUAAAUACCAUGAUGGAAAGAAGUGGAAGAACUAUAAGGAGAAGGAUCACCAGUCAAAAUUUGAGGAGCUAAAGAAGGUCAUUGAGAAUAGGAUUAGACAACACAAGAUUCUCAUAGCCAGUAGAACGGUGGACAUUGCCAAAUUUGAUGCCAAUAAAGGUCAAUCAUUCGACUACACCGUUGAUAACGUCCCCGUAAAGAUGUUUAUUCCAAAGGAUAAUGUUACAAUAAAUAGACUUGUGAAUGGUGGUACUUAUCUCUGGAGCACUGAGAAUGGCAAGUAUACCAUCAUAAUGCUAUACCUUAACAAGGAUAAUAAACCGGAGUUAGUCUACAUUGUCCGAUUCAUCCAGGGAGACAGUUACAGCGGUUUUUACAAGAAGGAUGAAGAUAGUAAAUGGACAGAGACUGAAGACUUUGAUUACGAGUUCAAGAAGCUAAGGACUGCGCCUACAUCCUCAUCUCAAUUUACUCUUGAUCUCUCUGCUCACCAGGAUACCACUGAGUGCAGAAUAUUCCAAGCUCCACUCUAUGGAACAAACACUCGCUUCUAUGCUCCAAAGAGUGGUCACCACGCAUCCUACAUUGCACAUAAUGGAGUCUCCAUAUGGACCGCUGAGGAAGGGGAACGAUGCACAUUUGUGACGUCUUACCUCAAAGAUGGACAAGAACACUUGUUCCGUAUGACAACCAAGAAUACCAAUGAUAAAAGCUCCAUGAAGUACUUUGAGAAGGCUGGCAGAGGAUGGAAGAGUGUCACUAAGGAAGACUUUGAUGUCAAAUAUGACAAUCUCAAAAGUAAUGCUUAUAAACCAUCCAGUAUCAAGGACGAGAAUACUCAUAAGGGGCAUACUCAAUCACCCGAUAGAGCUCCAGUAAAGGAGACACUCCUCGACAUUGGUCGACCAGAUCCACAAAGCUACAAAUUCUUUGACUAUGCACUGGAUGAUGUUCCAACUAGACUUAUAGUUGCGGUGAAGGAACCUCCAAACAAGAUAGUAUUUGGACAAGAAACUCUAUGGUCUGAUGACACUGGAAGAUGUAACUACUGUACUGUCCACAUGAAGGAUAAUAGGCCAGUGCUAGUCUACAUUUCCGGAAGAUCAUUCUCAUUGUACCUACUAAAGACUGAUGGUGGAUGGAAAUCCAUUGACAACUAUAGUGUGGAGUUUUCUAAGCUUAGAGUUGCUGUACCCUCACCAUCCUCAUUCUCCCUUGACAUCUCUACUAACCAGGAUAGUCCCAAUUGCAGAAUCUUUGAUACACUCUUCAAUAAGGUUAAUACUCGUUUCUAUGUUCCAAAGGCUGGAAGGUAUGCCACUAGUGUUUCUAAUGGACAAGCUGUACUAUGGAAGGGUGGUCAGGAGAAAGCAAUCCUGGUGAGACUAUACCCAUCUGAUAAUCCUACCUUGCUACACAUACUCUCUAAAGACACUAAUGGAGCAUUCAAACACAACUACCUUGUCAAGAGUGCCAAUAAGUGGGAGUCUAUCAAUAAGGACGUUCACGAUAGACUACUCUCUGAAAUCAAGGCUACUGCACCUGGUAAAAAUACAGACGUUGGUAGGCUCAGACAAGAACUGAUUGAGUCACAGGCCUCUCUUGAUAAACUAGUAGAAUCCAUGAAAUUUACAGACUGCGAUGGACCAAAAGAUCCUUCCAUUCUUGACAUUGUCCAUUAUGAAGAGUCCAAUGCCUAUACAGUAAGCAACUGCACACUAGAUGGUUAUCCUACUACAGUCUUUAUUCCUGACAAGGGUAGCAUUAAGAAGGUAGUCUAUGGAACUCUUACAAUCUGGGAAGGUGCUGAAAAUGAGGAAUGUAAGUACUUAAUGGUCCACUACGUCUAUAGUAUACCAGCGUUUGCAUACCUCAUAAAAGGGUCAGACAGGGAUAUAGAUUUAUACUUUGCAAACAAGGGAGAUAAGUGGGAGGGGAUCCAGGUAGACUACGUUAGAAAACUUAAUGGACUUCAUAAGGAUAAACCAGCCUCCGGAAUCUAUGUAAUAGACAUCAAUAAUACUACUAGUGAUGAAAAGUGCAAAGUUUAUAGCUACACAAUAGAUGGGCUUCUGACAUACUCAUACUAUCCAUAUCCAGAAGUUACAGUGAAUAAGAUAAUGGAAGGAGGUAUAAAUGUUUGGAAUGGAGGUGGUGAGAGAUGCUUGUAUAUAACAGUAACCCGUGUUGAUAAGGAUGGAUUCAUGUAUUUUGUAACAUCUAAGGGUUCUGAUAUUAAAUAUCAUAUUUACCAUAAAGGAUCAAACGGUAAUUGGACUAUUAGCUAUUCAAAUAACUAUGGAAGUAAGUGGAAUGAACAAAUUAAGAACAAUACAUCAACUGAUGAUGAAGAAAUAUCAGAUAUGAAACAAGAGAGACUUAAAAAGGUUGCACAGGUGAAGACUUUAUCCAGAGACUGUAUUAUAAAUGCCAGGGAUAUAUCUCUCCAUGAAAAGCAUAAGAUUAUAAAGACCUUCAUCAAUAAUAUUCCUGCCUUGGUCUAUAUUCCCGGACCAACUUUUAAUUUUAGCAAAAUUAUUUUAGGAAAUGUGAACUUUUCCCAUUCUUUCCCUAAAGACGAGUUCAAAGGUUUAUCUUCGUUGCUGAAAGACAAUGAACUAUCGAUAAUGCAUCUUUCAGAGGUCUAUAAGGGAGAAAGUAGUGAUAACUAUUAUGAUUUCGCAGACACUAACGGAAAGUGCAGUUCUGCUGAUGUUAAAGCCUUAGAAUCCUACAAACACUCCAGGUUCAUCUUCUCACUGGAUAUAUCCCGUAGAGGAACUGAUGAAUGUAAAUUUGUAAGCUUCCAUAAUAAUGGUGUUAUAACUCACACUCAUGUCGUUAACGCUGGUUAUACAGCUAAUAUGGUUACUGAUGGAGUUAUAGUUCUUUGGAAGGGCGAUGCUGGUGAAAAGUGUUUAUAUACUCUCGCUAGUUUUCUGGAUGGUAUUCCUAUCCUACUGAACAUAUUUGUGAGACUAUCUGAUGGUACAUUGGAACACUACUACUUCUACAACAAUGGUGAAUGGACAAUUGCUAGCAAUCUAGACUACCAAGCUAUACUGGAGGACCUUGUUGAUACCACUAAAUCUAAGUUGUCUAAAUCCGUUGACAGAGAUACCAGGGAAGUACUCACUCUAGAUGUUGCCAAGGUAGAUACUGGCAAGUAUACAAUGGAGACUACAAAGCUUAGAGUACUUACCAGCAUAAAGUAUAGUCCACCAGAGAACAGCCGUGUUACCAAGGUUGUCUUCGGCAAUGACUCUCUAUGGCAGACUCUCAAGGCUGGUGUACAGUGUAACUUUGCCGUCAUUACCUACAGAGGAAUAUCCAUAGAACUCGCUCAACUGUGUAUUGUGGAUGGUUGUGAGAAGUAUAUGCACUUUGAGAUGGAGGAUGGUAGACUAAGUAGCAUUACAGCUGAGGAGUACAAUGAUGCCUUAUCAAGACUAGACUCUGGAGAUGGUGAAUCUGAUGAAGACUUUGAGUUCAUUCUUUCUACCAUAGACACUCUGGAUAUCAUUACUCCAGCUGAAGUUGACUUUGAGAUUGACAGAUUCCAGUUGGACAGUCUCUCUUCUGCAGUCUAUCUACCACUACCUAAACAUACCAUUGGUAGAGUAGUACUUGGCAAGGUAUUAUGGACAAGUGAUGAAUCAAAGUGUCUCUAUGUCAGCACAUUCUCCACAGAGGAGUCCAUACAGUUAGUCCAGAUAGUCACUGAGAAUGAGACUCUCCACUUUGCUAGACUUGACAAGGAACUUGCAAAGGUGCCACAGAAGAAGUACAACGAACUAUUUGAGAAACUAGGGUACAGACAAGUUGACCAAACUCCAUUCUAUGUUCCACUUGAGGUACCUGAUGCACCUAACACAAUCUCAUUGGAUGUCUCAAAGGCGCUGGACUCCAGAGUUAAAGCUGAAAAUGGCACCUUCAAAGGAGUCUCUUAUACUACCUUUUACACAUCAGAAGAGGGUGUUAUAGACAGGAUAUCCAGUGGUAAGCUUACCGUAUGGGAACCUGAAGAGGAUGAGGUCUGUGUCUAUGGUCGUCUCUAUCUGGACAAUGGACCCAAACUUCUCAAGAUCCGUACUGUUGGCAAGGAUGGAAGUAACAUUGUACACCUUGCAUUUGAUACUGACAAGUGGAUGUACCUCAGUCAGGAUGUAUUUAACGAUAGACUUAACUUGAUGGUCCUAAAGUUGACUGAACCACUCAAGUUUGCCUUGACUACCACAACUGAUGGAUACUAUGAAUACACCUUCGACUUGAGUAGAUACCACUUAGACUCUAGAUUUAACUCUGGUUUCAUGACAUAUGGAGGUAAUAAGUAUGCUGUUUGUACUCCCAAGAAUGGUGUCAUAAAGAAGGUAGUUCAGGGUAGCAUUACCAUAUGGACUCCGUCCUCAGAUGACUACUAUGCUAGCAUGGUACUCCUCUCCAGGGACACUCAUCUCUACAUUCUUGUUCAAUCACCUUUCAACAUUCCUGCCGUUCUAUCCUACCAUCUGAAGAACAAUAUUUGGCAUAUGGUAAACCACGAAGCCAUCUCUACUGACAUUACCAAGACACUACCAAUCCCGUCCUUCAGAUUUACACUUGACAUAACUGGAAAACACGACCCAGAGAAGUACAGAGUGUUUAAUAUGGAUAUAAAUGGUGUUACUACCACAGUCUUCAUUACCAUAUACGGAUACUAUUUUGACAAGGUGGUCUCUGGUAAGGACCUAAUAUGGCAGUCGUCUGAGAAUGAGGAAUGCAGAUAUCUAAUGGUCCUUGACAAGUCUGGAAAAAACUCAUUUAUAACAGUCUUUGUGGACUAUAUGGAUGGAUCAAAGUUCAUGGUCUAUGAGAUGAGGGACAAGUGGACAUUUUCUCACCAGUUGCUCGGACCUGAGAAUGACUGCAAGACCACUACUCCUGCUGUAUUCAACCUAAGUGACAAGACUCAUCAGAAUAUCUACUUCUGUGACAAUGUCUUCAAUGGUAUAGUACACAGAGCUUACUCACCAUUACCUGGCUACCAUGUUCAGGAGGUAAAGGACAAUGAAACUACCAUAUGGCAGGCAGAGGAUAAGGAGCAAUGUAUAUUCAUUCUCUCUGUACCGGGUACUGAUAAGAGUAAUACUUCACUACUAAGUCUCUUUGUAAGGAAUGAGGACUACUGUGGUUUCAAACACUUUGAGAAGACUGAUAAGUGGAGACAUAUUGAUGAACGUGGUUAUGACAGGAGACUCAUUGAGAAGAAGCAAACUAACAAUGUGACUACUACUGUUGCCAUAGCUACUAUACCUCAGUACAAGAAUGCAGUUACUCUUGACACAGCCAAUGUUGACCAUGAUAGAGUUGAUCUCCAUGAAGACUCCUUGAAUGGUACUAGACGUCUCUACUCUGCCAAGACUGGGGACUACUUUAAUAGCUUAUCGGACAAUAGCAAGAGUGUUUGGAAGAGUGACAAGGACAAAUGUAUUAGCGUAACCAUUUAUGGAAAGGAUGAACUACACUGUCGUCUGGACGUACUCUCCUCGGAUGUCAUAACCCCAAUGUACUUUUGCAGAAAGGCUGGCAACUGGUCUUCCACUAAUCACAAUACCUUCCAUGAGUGGCUGAGAAGCUAUGUCAAAACUCCUAGAAUUAAACUUGAUCUUGGUAACCUGGACACUAACUUCUUUGAGAGCUUCAGGUAUACUCAGAACGGCUAUGAGAUACUCUAUGGAAGACCACUACCUGGUUAUGCACUAACUACAGUUGUCGACGGUUCUACAGAAGUUUGGGAAGCCGGACACAAUCAAUAUGCUACAGAGUUCCAGAUGUCAAUAAUUGGUGACUAUACACUCCUGUCCAUCAUAAACCACUCCUACCAGGUUGAGAAUCUCUGCUUCCUAAAGUCUUCAAACACUUGGUCACCCGUUGAUGAGGACGUAUAUGACCAGUAUCUAGUUCCUGUUAAUGACUCUGAAAGGGUACAAGAUAUGCAACUUGACAUAGCAAAGCCAGACUUUGGUAUUGUUACUGGACAUAAGGAUGUGAUGGGAGAUGUUACAGUGCUGAAAUAUACUCCGCAUCUUGGAAGGCAUGUUACUGCAGUCGUCUUUGGAGAGUCUACUAUAUGGUCUGGACACUACCAUGACGAAUACUGCAUCUCGGCUGAGCAUAUAACCAAGGGUGGUGCCAUAUUCAUUAGACUAUUCCUAAAGAUGGGAAGCUCUUUUGAACAUCGCUACUUUACAAAGGUGGAAGGUAGAUGGGUUGUUCUUAAAGAGGAUGAAUUUAAGAAUAAGCUUGGUAUACAGAGUGUAGAUGUAAAGAUUGAUGCAAAGUCUACUCCACAUGAUGCUGAAUCUGAUCCUAAUGUCUACACAUUGAAUAUUUCUGGAACCGUAGAUAGGGAUAAGAUUACUGCUACAGAGACUACAUACGAGGAUGUCAAGAGUGUUACAUACUCACCCAAGUUUAUUGCUGGAAUUGGCAAGGUGGUAGACUCUGAUGGGACUGUAUGGAUGGGAGAUUCUGACCAAAAGUGUGUUACCGUCGUUAUAUCCUCAAAGGAAGGACAUGAUUCACUUGUUAGUCUCUCUAUCAACAAUGAUAUUGUAGUACAGUAUAAGUACCUAGUGAAGAAGGACAGGGAGUGGUACCUCAUUAGAAAGAUCAAGUAUGAUGAGCUGUUGACUACAAUGUAUAGACACUCUCUGGUAACACAUGCUGAUACUACUUUUGAUAAUCCUAUAACUCUAGAUAUAUCAACCAAGCCUACUGAGGGUGUUACUUUCUAUGAGUAUACGUAUAACGAGGUAACUUACAAGACCUUCAAACCAAAGGAUGAUAAAUCUGUUGUAAAAGUCAUGGAUGGCGAGAUUCAUGUAUGGAAGAGCUCAUCUGGGAAAUGUAUAGAUGCUUGGACCUACUCAACACCUUUAUCUUCUCUCUGUCGCCUUGACAUUCUCUCUUCUGGUAUCAUUACUCCUCACUGCUUUGAGAAGAAAGGUAGCGUUUGGAUAUCACUAGGUUUAAAGCUGUAUAAAGAAAAGCUGAAGAAGCUUGUAAGCUACAGAUCUAUUAAUGUGAUGAUAGAAGCUUCGGGAGUGUCCAGGGAUAUUUGCAUGGCAGUAGAAUACUUUGACAAACAUGCAAUCUCAACAACAAUAGUCCCUAAACUUAACAUUGCAAAAAUUAAUUAUAAUAAGGAUAUGUGGGAAUCUAAAGAUGGCACAAAGUGUAUAAAUGCACACUUCAUCACAUCUCCAGGCGGAGAUCUAGCCUACAUUAAUGUGAAAAGUAGUAAUGGUGAUAUAUCACCUUCGUCCUUUUGCUAUUCAUCCGGCAAGUGGCACGAGGGAAACCACUAUAACUUUUCCAAUGUUCACACAGGACUUACUCCGCUUUCAAAAGAGGUAUUUAAUGGUAAACUGAUAGACACUACUCUUGACAUAAGGAAUGUGGACAAUACUUUUAGAAUUUACAACUAUAGCAAUUCGGUGGUAACACAUUUUGAGUAUCAAACACCUAUGAAUGCUAAUGUUAAAAGGAUUGUAGAUGGAGCACAAAUCAUCGUCUGGCAGGGUGGUGAGAAUGACAGGUGUUUGGCAUGUGAAGUUUAUUCGAGGGAGGGUUAUGAUCCUGUACUUGGGUUUAUGAUAAAAAAUAAGUAUAAUGUAUCCAUAAGUUUCUUUGAAAAGGGAGGCAAUGAAUGGAAUGAGAUCAAUGAGGAGACUUUUAAUCUUAGACUAGCCUCUUUUAGCAACAACUCACGUUUACAAUUGCUAAAGGAUAGACUUGUGGAUACGUUUGAAAAUGCAGAUAUAUUCGAUAGAAAGACUUCUUGUACCUCAGAAGACAUGAAUAUUCUUUAUCUGAACCAGUGGCUACUAACUCAUGUACCUCACUGGAUGAUGAAUCACUUCAAGACUCUUCAUCAAAAGAAGAAGAGUUGGUUAUCUAGGUUGUUUUAA